AUUGUCAUGCACGUAGAGACACGAAAACGUACAAGAGUUCAUUCGAGAUCUUGGGAUUAAAAGAAGAAGGAAAAGAGGAAGAAGAAAGGCCUAAAACGGGACAAAAUUCUCUGGGUGUCCGCUGGAAUCGAUGCUUCAGAACCGAUCGAUCGCGAUGCGCGCUCUUGUUCGCGGUCCGACGAAAGGAACGAGGAUGCGAAGGGCCGAAUAAUUAUAUAAGAAUACGCACGAUUCAAUCAAGAUUUUAUGCGACUUUAUAUACCUAUAGUAUACAUACAUGUGCGUACGCGUUUAUACAUAUAUCUCUGCAGGGUGUCUCAUUUGAAUUUAUUCGCGCGAAUAUCAUUGGAAUUAUUAUCAAAAGAUUCGAUAUACGUGACGGACGGAGUAAAAUGAGACAUUUUGUACAUGUAUAUAUAUCGUGAUUACGCGUGCAAUCAUGUUUCAUCGUUCGCAAAACAAUCCUUUUCUUAGAGACGAUUUCUUUAAAUCGGGCUGUUUACGAACCAGCGCACCAAUCGUAACUUUUUAAUUAGCUUCCUUUCGCGAAAAAAAACGUCCAUUUUUUAUGGAAAGGGAGUAAUCGGCGAGUCUACUCUUGCGUGCUUUUUCUAACGAUAAUUUUUCUAUCAAGCUUACCGAGAGAAGCUCCGUUAUACGAUUCGUCUACGUUACGACGCUUCGUAUCAUUCCGUUUUUAUGACGAGAACAAAGUGAACGGCUAGAUUUAAUGGCAUCGUUUCUAAUGGAAAAAAAAAGACAGACGCUCUCUAGUCGUAACGUGCGCUUCCGCGCGCAUAGAUAUAUAGACGCAUACACACGUACCUACAUACUUCAUACCUACCCAUUUAGUCCUACCUAAGUAAAUGCGUAAAUCCAUAGAAAGGAAGGAAGGAAGGAAGGAAACGUCGUCUGUCGUACGAAAUCGAUGAGAAAUAAGAGAGAGAGAGAGAGAGAAUGAAGAAGGCGCGUAGCCAAGCACACGCGCGCCUCUCACAGUCAGUCACAGUGUUUGACUACUGCCCUGUAGAUAAUAUCGUAGAUAGGUACAAUGAUUAUACGAUAAACGAGAAGAAUGAAUUAUUAUAUAAACGUGUACGCACAAGUUCAAGGUACGCAGGGUGCGAAUCAGGGGACGCAUGCGAAAAAUCUUUGUAAUUAUCGAUAUACAAAGAUUUGUACAUUCAUAAGUAUGUAUGUAUCUAUUUGAAACGAAAAAUAGUCCGAUACGAAUUUUCUCGUAAAAAAAAGGGAAAGUAAGAGAAGGUGAGAAGGCUCAAAGAUAUCCAUCGUUUGUUCCCAUCUUCCUUUCCUUGGUGCUCGUCUAUGUGCUCCUCAAGGUGCUCCUCAAGGUGCUCGUUAAAAAAGGAAAUUGAGAUACGCGAAGAUGCGCUUACGAGAAGAAGAAAUAGAUAUAUUUAUGCUUGGUCGAUAUCGAAAGGGAAAAGAUACGUAUUUACUUUUCAAAAAUCUUGCGUAAUUUUUUUUUGUUUACGAUGUAUACCGUAGCAAACGAGUCUUUCCCGUUACAGGAUCAGUUUUCCUCAACGCAUGUAGUUGGUCGAACGUAUCGCGUAAUGAACGAACGAACGAACGAACGAACGAACGAACGAACGAACGAACGAACGAACGAACGAACGAACGGACGAACGAACGAACGAACGAACGAACGAGUGUUUCAAAGAGGGAAAGAGCAAAACAUUUUUACCCCACCUUCGUCUUCUCGCUAAUAAACGCACAAAUUUUCUCAAUCCUCGUUCCUUUGCUUCUUUUUUCUCUGCGCGGUCUUUUUGAGAGAGAGAGAGAGAGAGAGAGAGAGAGAGAGAGAGAGAGAGAGG